AUGACUCCACCUACCGCCACGAGCUGGCAAAGACUGAUGCAAGAAGGUGAUGCGCAACUCAGAGAAGGCGAUACCCUCGAGCCUAACCCAGCGAACGGCGGUGGGACCACCACAUCUCGCCAUGAGCCUCGCCAUGAGCCUGACAUGGCUCAGACAUGUCCAUCUUUCACGCCCGGCCAACAAGGACGCAACAUGAUUACGAAUGUUCCCCAGCAACCUCGAUCCGUCUCCAGGCAGAAUGUUGGCGCAGCUUCGAGUGCAAGCUACGACCAGCAGCAUGCAAGUCGCGUGUUCGGCCAGCAUGACGAGCCUCAAAGCAUGCAACUCCAGAACUCGAUCAGUUAUGGACCUCUGCCACGCAUGCCGACAUACGAAUCCGGAGCGCACCAGACUCUUCGCCAGCUGGCGCCGAAGCUUCAGGCACUGCUGGACCUCUUCGCGACAGCGUACGAAACGCACGACAUGGUGAAGGUGGAGGAGCUGCGCAGGAGGUUGAACUGGGCCAUCGACGCCAAGGGCGCUUGA